GUAGUCGUUGUCCAAAGCCCACAGAGCAGCAGCAGCAGCAGCAGCAGAUCCAUGGAGUCGCGACUCGCCGUCAACCUCUCGCCCGCGCUCCUUCUUCUUCUUCUCCUCCAUCUGUCGAUCUUCGUCUCGCCUGCCGCGUCGGAGUUUGGCCAGUCUUGUGAUGCUGGGGUCGGGUAUGGAGAGCCCGCGUGCGGGGCUUCGGAGGGCUCGUCGAAGAUUUUGAUCAAGGGGGGGACCGUGGUCAACGCUCAUCAUCAGGAGGUUGCUGAUGUUUAUGUGGAGGACGGGAAGAUCGUUGCUGUGAAGCCUAAUAUCAAGGUAGGUGAUGAUGUCACCGUGCUCGAUGCUACUGGUAAAUAUGUCAUGCCAGGAGGAAUUGAUCCGCACACUCAUCUUGCUUUUGAGUUUAUGGGGACUCAAACAUUGGAUGACUUCUUCACUGGUCAGGCUGCAGCAUUAGCUGGUGGAACAACAAUGCACAUUGACUUUGUAAUACCAGUCAAAGGGAGCUUAAUUGCAGGCAUUGAAGCAUAUGAGAAGAAAGCAAUGAUAUCCUGUAUGGACUAUGGUUUUCACAUGGCAAUCACAAAGUGGGAUGACGAUGUAUCUAGAGAGAUGGAAGUUAUGGUUAAUGAGAAAGGUAUCAACUCUUUCAAGUUCUUCAUGGCCUACAAGGGGGCUCUCAUGAUAAAUGACGAGCUUCUAUUACAAGGAUUCAAGAGGUGCAAGUCUCUUGGUGCAUUGGCAAUGGUCCACGCAGAAAAUGGCGAUGCUGUUGUUGAAGGUCAGAAUAGAAUGAUCGAACUUGGUAUUACUGGACCAGAAGGGCAUGCCCUCUCAAGGCCUGCAGUGCUUGAAGGAGAGGCAACUGCUCGUGCUAUUCGUUUGGCUGCUUUUGUGAACACACCUCUUUACGUAGUUCAUGUAAUGAGCAUUGAUGCCAUGGAAGAAAUAGCAAAAGCUCGUCAGUCAGGGCAGAGGGUUAUUGGAGAGCCAGUGGUUGCUGGAUUGGUCCUGGAUGAUUCUAAGCUUUGGGAUCCCGAUUUCAUCACUGCUGCAAAAUAUGUUAUGAGCCCACCGAUUAGAGCGGCAGGGCAUGACAAAGCUCUUCAAGCAGCUCUUUCCACAGGAAUCCUGCAGCUCGUAGGGACUGAUCAUUGUGCCUUCAAUUCUACACAAAAAUCUCUAGGAAUCGAUGAUUUUCGAAAUAUCCCAAAUGGCGUCAAUGGUAUUGAGGAGAGGAUGCAUCUUGUCUGGGAUACAAUGGUGGAAUCUGGAAAAAUUUCUGUCUCUGAUUACGUUCAGAUAACAAGCACUGAAUGCGCUAGGAUCUUCAAUAUAUACCCCAGAAAGGGAGCGAUUUUUGUGGGGUCUGAUGCCGAUAUAAUCAUUCUCAAUCCCAAUUCAAGCUUCGAAAUUAGUGCAAGGAGCCACCACUCUAGAUUAGAUACAAAUGUCUUUGAGGGAAAGAGAGGGAAAGGAAAGGUUGAAGUUACCAUUGCAGGAGGAAGGAUUGUUUGGAUUAAUGGUGAACUCAAGGUUGCUCCUGGCUCAGGCAAGUAUGUGAAAAUGCCACCUUUCAGUUAUCUUUUCCAGGGAAUGGACAAGGCAGAUGCUGCGCAUCUCUCAUCCCUUCGAGCUCCAGUAAAGAGACAAAUAUCUACAGCGUAACUUGCUACUACUUCUUGGGCAAUCUAUGGAGAGAGACUCCAUAUAAGGUGUUGUUGACUGAAGCUGCUUAGUUGUCAUCAGACUCGAUGCCUCAAGCAAGUACUCAACCAAAAAGUUACGGGAAGGAUGGAACAAAAAAACGGGCGCGAGACAUGACUUGUAUCAAUAGAUGGUACCAUUUCGUAGGCUUUUCUGUAAAUAGUUGAAGGAUGAUGUGUUCCGAUAAAGCAAUAAAGGCCACGAUGCGAAUGGAUCUCUGACUAAUUAGCCGCUUUUCUUCGAAAUAUGUUUAAGAUGUAAGCAAUGUAAUGGUACAAUAAUUGUAUGUAUAUGCGGUGAACUUUCUAUGA